UCCACUAAAGGAUCAGGUGAUCUACUAACUACGAAGCGAAGGCUGACUGGGGAAAAUGCAAAAUGACAUAUAGCAAAUGUCGGAGCAUAAUUCAUUCACAUUUUCGGCUCAGAUUCGGACUUAAAUCGCACCGCUGGAGCUCCAAUGUGACGAUGGCUCGUUAGGGCUUGUGGCGUAACUGCGAUUUUUUUUUUGAUAUUUUAAUUUAUGAAAAAUCACAUUCACAGACAAAUAUUGGUUUCAACAUGGGGCUGUGCUACAGUUUGCGUCCCCGGCUCUUCGGGGACCUGAGCGGGUCUAUCUCCAACGCUACCUCGGACUCGGACCAGCCUCCGGACGCCGCCGUGCCUAGCCGCGCCGGGGGAGCUCGCCAGGAGGACACCGGGGGUGCGGGAGAGACUUCGUCCCUACGCGGCGGCGGUGGUGGCGGCGGCGGCGGCCCGGUGCGCCCCGGGGACUCUGCUAGGCUCCCGGCCGGGGAGCACCGCCGUGGAGACACCGGUACCGACGGUGUCCUCAUACAAAACGGAGGUGGCGGCGGAGGAGGAGGAGGAGGAGGCAGCGGUAAGGGGACAGGCAAGGACCGCGGCCGACGCUUACAGCUGUUGCAAAAGACUAGCACCCAAAAGCAGAAAAACUGGGACAAAUUGCUGGUGGAGGAGAAGGAGGCCGAGAAGGAGGCGAAGAAAGUCAGUAAGAAUAUUGACAGGGCGCUGAAGGAGCUGAAACGGGAGUACAAACAGACGCAUCGGCUGCUGCUGCUCGGUGCGGGAGAGUCCGGAAAAAGCACCAUUGUGAAGCAGAUGAGGAUUCUACACGUCAACGGCUUCAACGCGGAAGAAAAGAAACAGAAAAUCCAAGAUAUUCGGAAAAACGUGAAGGAUGCCAUAGUGACUAUAGUGUCUGCGAUGAGCACUUUAAUACCCCCAGUCCCACUAGCCAACCCAGAGGACCAAUUCAGAAUCGAAUACAUCAAAAGCAUAGCACCUCUCUCUGAUUUUGACUAUUCACAGGAGUUCUUUGAUCACGCAAAGAAGCUGUGGGACGACGAAGGAGUGAAGGCAUGCUUUGAGAGGUCCAAUGAGUACCAGCUCAUCGACUGUGCACAAUAUUUCCUGGACAGAAUUGACUCUGUAAGACAGAACGACUACACACCAACGGACCAGGACCUGCUACGCUGCCGAGUGUUAACUUCAGGGAUUUUCGAGACGAGGUUCCAAGUAGACAAAGUGAACUUUCACAUGUUUGAUGUUGGGGGCCAGAGAGAUGAAAGGAGAAAAUGGAUCCAGUGCUUUAAUGACGUCACUGCUAUCAUCUUCGUGGUGGCCAGCAGCAGCUACAACAUGGUAAUAAGGGAAGACAAUAACACCAACAGGCUACGGGAAGCCCUGGACCUCUUCCGCAGUAUUUGGAACAACAGAUGGUUACGCACUAUAUCAGUCAUAUUAUUCCUGAACAAGCAGGACAUGCUGGCUGAGAAAGUAUUAGCUGGAAAAUCCAAAAUUGAAGACUACUUCCCCGAAUAUGCUCGCUACACCAUACCAAAUGAAGCAACUCCUGAACCUGGUGAAGACCCAAGAGUGACAAGAGCAAAGUUCUUCAUCCGAGACGAGUUUCUUCGGAUCAGCACUGCGAGUGGCGACGGCAGGCACUACUGCUACCCCCACUUCACCUGCGCCGUGGACACAGAGAACAUCCGGCGGGUGUUCAAUGACUGCCGGGACAUCAUCCAGAGAAUGCACCUGCGGCAGUACGAACUCUUGUGAUGGGAGACCGCCUCCGUCAGCCUUCUGUGUUUUUCUCCACCAUUCUGCAUCCUUGACGAACCCUUCCUCUUCCUCCCCCCUUACCCUCACCCCGCCCUCCUCCCCCAAAGAAACCCUCAACAACCCCUGACCACCCCUCCUGUCGAGGACUAUGAAGUACUACUGAAGUGUGUCAAAUCCUCUUCCUCUUCUUAACUUCUUAGCUUUUUGUACUUUUUGUUUUUUUUUCCUCUGAGACCGAUUCAUCCCCAUUUCACCGACGUGAAAGGAAGGUUGGGGGACAAAGUUGCGUGCCGCUUAUUAUUUUUACUUCUUUUUCUUUUAAUCCUUCCUUUUGAAUGCCUUGAUUUUUGUCAUUCCACUAAGCCUUGGGCUACCCCCCCCCCAUCCAUCUGUUUUUGGCUUUGUCAUUGGACCUGGACUGGUGGGUGUGGAUACAUAAAAACACAGGACCUCAGUGUAGAGGCAGUGUGUGUUAAUGUGUGUGUGUGUGUGUAAUGAAGAGAAGGAGGAAUGCCAUGUGAGCGAGCGAGUGCGUGCGCGCACGCGUGUGUGUGUUCAUGUUUGUGUGUCACCUGCCAGUUAAAAGCUGGGAUCACCACCAUGACCUUUGCCCCCCCCCUUUUUUUUUUCUUCCCCCCAUCACCCCCUCCAACCUGCUUCUUCUUCUCCGCGUGGAAGACGACUGGACGGCGACGAAACCGGAGAGCGACGGGAGUGGAUGGAGGGGAACCGAGUGGAUGAAGAGAUAAAUGCACUUUGCAUCAGGUUCCUUAAUAACUUCUUUAUUUUUUUUUUUUCUUUGUUGUUGUUGUUGUUGUUUUUUCUCCAGAGGAAGCAUACACACAAUGUAGCAUCACAAUAUUUAUUACCCUGUCACGAUGUUAGCUUGCCGAGCUGCAGGGCGCACCGAGAAGCCGAGAGACAUGUGGAGCGAAAGAUUAAACUGGGAGGGGGCAGUAAAUAAAUUACGACGUGAAGAAGGAUUUAAAUGAAGGAAAAGGGACUGAGCUCUCUGCACCUUAGCCCUGCUGCCUCCACGGACUCAGACCUGCCUCCUUUUUCCACACAAACCAUCCUUUUAGCUUAGAGAUACUCAUGGGAGGGGAGGGGAGGGGAGGGUGGGGUGGGGCGGGAGAGAAAAAAAUGUAUUGUUAUCUUAUUUUUUUUGUUAACUUGUACACUGUGCAAGGUUGAAUUAUCCUGUACAGACUGUAAAAUGUAAUAUUAUUUUGUACAACUUAAUUGAAAGAAAAACAAAUCUACUUGUAGAUCUUUGUGCCUUGAUUAUGGCUGUACCUGUAAAUGAGCUCAGAUGUAAGUAUGUUUUCGACUGCGCUGUACAGCUUGAUGUCAAUCUCUAUCAGCAGCGGAAGACUGCGGGUAGGGGACUUUCUCUGUAGAGUUUAGUUUUUUCUGGUUUAUAAAAAAAAAAGGAAAUGCUGUUUAGUAAAAAAUAAAAAAUAGGGAAAAAAUCCUAAAAACCUGUAUACAUUAUGCAAAUUAACCACUUACCUGCAGUGAAGACCAGAUGUUGCAGCGCCAUGCCUUUUUUUUUUUUUUUUUUUUUUUUUUUAUUUUUCCUCCUUUUUAUUUUUUUGAAUUUCACAGCUUUAAACAAACAUUGGAAAUCCAUUGAAAGUGUCCAAAUUGCAACCUGGUGUUGUUUUAAUAGGAACCAACGUUUUUUCGAUAUGAAGUGUGUCUGAGAUCUGUACUGAUGUGCGUGCCUGUGCGCAUGUGUACAUAAAACAAACAUAGACUCACAGACGCAUUGUGUGUGCGUGUGCGUGCGUGUGAGAGAGCGAGUGUGCGUUGUGUGUAAAAUUUUAUAAAUGUAUGUACAUGUAAAUUUAUAGGUCUAUAUAAAUAUAUAUGUACAAUUAUACAUGUUUAAUUAUGUGUGUGCCUAGGUGUACAUACCUAUGUAUGUAUACGGUAAAUAUGUAUACAUACACACAUAGGAAAGCAUGUUUAGAAUGGAGAUGAAUAAAUGAGAGCGUGCAAUAUUAGUAAUCCUUUGGUCCUUUGGAGCCAUACCCAAUGGCACAGGCACUAUGAAUGUGUGAGCAGCACCCAACAAGACAAGCUCUUCUCCUUGUACAAACAGCAUCAGCCUUUUCUUCUGCUACAGUACACGUCUAUCCCCAAAAGAGAGUGAACUGACUGGAGGUGCAAAACCUUGUUUGGCCUGGGAGGAUGAUUAAAUGACAUUUUUAUUUUCUUUAAAUAAAGAGGCACAUUAGAGGACUUUGCUUUAUUUCCA